AUGCAAAUGCAAGAUGAAAACCACCACUCCAGAUGGAUGGAGAGAGUGAGAGCAGGAAGAGUGACCAAGUAUACUCUGAAUUUGUGUUCUGGAUUUAUCCAUCACUCUAUGCUGGAGAUGGAGGGGCCACCAGAUGUGUCCAGCUCCCUCUUCAAUCUCAGCAGCAGUUAUGGGGGCACGGAGGCUUUCCUCUGGCUGUUUCCAUCAGAGAACAUCACAUGGACCACAACGUGGCCCACAAUCCAGCCAGUUGCCCCUCCACGGGCACGGGACCAAGCCUUGGCCCAUGCGGAGAUCGGGGUGCUGGGGUUGGUGCUUGCCCUCACUGCUCUGGGUAAUGGAUUCGUGCUGUGGGUGCUGCUGCUUAGGAAGAAACAUCAUGCUCCCAUGCACCUCUUCAUGGUCAAUCUAUGUGUAGCUGACCUGGUAGUGGCCUUAUUUCAGGUGCUGCCACAGUUGGUGUGGGACAUCACAGAGCACUUCCAGGGGCCUGACGUUCUGUGUCGCUCCGUCAAGUAUUUGCAGAUCGUCGGGAUGUUUGCAUCCUCCUAUAUGAUCGUUGCCAUGACUGUGGAUCGGCACUAUGCCAUCUGCUCCCCCCUUCAAGCGUAUCGUGGAGGUGCGCCCUCCCGCUGGAACACCCCCAUUACGGUUGCGUGGGGCCUGGCCCUAGUGCUUAGUUUGCCACAGGUGUUUAUCUUCUCGCGGUCAGAGGUGUCCCCUGGGGUGUUCGAAUGCUGGGGCCACUUUGCUGAGCCGUGGGGUCUUAAAGCAUACGUCACCUGGAUGACUGUGGCUGUAUUCGUAUUGCCAGCCUUAAUCAUCACUGUCUGUCAGGUUCGCAUCUUCAGAGAAAUCCAUGACAACAUCUACCUGAAGUCUGAGCGGGUGGUGACGGCAGAAUUUAAGAGGAACUCUGUCAGCUUCCACUUUGCUCAGCGGGAGGGGGGCAGUGGACGAGGCAGAGAGAGAAACAGACAGAGCAGACACAGUCACCAUGCUGACAGCAGUCUCAGUCAAGCUCACUGCAGCCCCUCACAUCAUGCAGGAGAGGAAGCGUGCUCCUCAAGCCUAUAUGAUGACUAUUCUCAUACUGUAACCUGUAAGAGCUCUAUCUGCGAGCCCUGCUUUGGGCCCCGCCCCUCUUCAGACAGCUCCUCCCCCUCUAUCCAAACUCAUCUGCAAAACACCCCCAAUCAUCUCUCAGGCCCCUCUCAUUCUCAGUCAUUAUCAGCCAAUAGCGUGUGUGCACUGGCUGGACACCCAAAUAGCUCUGGAGCUUCUGAACUGUGGCCAGAUGCUUUUCCCCUUCCGACCGAUUAUUCGCACCCACCGCCUCUCCCAGGUGUGACUAAGGCCAUGUCUAAGACGGUGAGGAUGACUCUUGUCAUUGUGCUGGUCUACACCAUCUGCUGGUCUCCUUUCUUUAUUGUUCAGUUAUGGGCAGCCUGGGACCCCAACCCACCAAACCAAGGGGCUACUUUCACUAUCCUGAUGCUACUAGCCAGUCUAAACUCCUGCACUAACCCAUGGAUCUACACAGCCUUCUCCAACAGUGUGUCCCGUGAGCUGCUCGCACUGCUGCGCUGCCACACCGGAUCCCCACGCAGAGGUUCGCUACCGGACGACUCAACCACAACUCACAUGUCAUCCAACACCAAGGACUCCACAUACUGACCUCUGGCCUGACUUGACUACACGGCAAACACACCACAGACAUGAUGGGCUAGACCAGGGGUGCCCAACCUCGGUCCUGGAGGGCCGGUGUCCUGCA